UCAAGUCCCGUAACAACGCUCGGGCAUAUUUACUAGUUGCUUCUACACUAAGAAGCAUCGUCAUUCGUCGCCACUCCUCAUUCCAAAGUCAACUGUUAAUUUGUGAACAAGUUAAUACUUAUGAAUCAUGUAGCUUGUCAAACAUUAAUUGAAUCUCUAUUGAAACAAUCAUCUGUUUGCAACAAUCAUCUGGUCAGCUUCUAUGGCUAAAGAAGCAGCAGCAGCUGCUGCCUCAUCUUCAUCUCUUCCUCCUUGUUUCACCAAUUCAUGGAAAUACCAUGUAUUCUUGAGUUUUAGAGGCGAGGACACGCGCUACAAUUUCACAGGCCAUUUGUGUACAGCUUUGCGUCAAAAAGGAAUUAACAACUUCAUGGAUGAUUGUUUUUCAAGAGGAGAAGAAAUAUCAACAGCGCUCCUCAAAGCGAUUGAAGAGUCGAGGAUUUCUGUCAUUGUAUUCUCGGAAAACUAUGCUUCCUCAAGAUGGUGCUUGGACGAACUUGUUAAGAUCCUUGACUGCGAGAAAUCAAAUCAACAGAUGGUGAUACCGGUAUUUUACAAGGUGAGUCCCUCGGAUGUUCGAAAUCAGAAGGGUUGUUCUGGUGAUGGACUUGCUGGCCUUGAGUGCAAAUGUAAGGAUAACGUUGACAAGAUCCACAAAUGGAGGCCAGCUCUUUCAGAAGCAGCAAACUUGUCUGGGUGGACUCUCUUGGAUAAGCAUGAAGAUGAAUCGAAACUUAUUCAUAACAUUGUUGAAGGGAUUUCCGCGCAAGUAAUAAAUCGUACAUAUUUGGAUGUGGCCGAAUACCCAGUUGGAAUAGAGUCUCGUGCACAAGAAAUAAAUAACCUCUUACAUGUCGGGAGAAAUGAUGUCCGUAUGGUAGGUUUAUGGGGGACUGGUGGAAUUGGUAAAUCAACAAUUGCCAAAGCUGUUUAUAAUUUAAUUUCCCACAACUUCGAAUGCAGUUGCUUUCUCAGUAAGGUUAGAGAAAGUUCAAUGACAGAUAAAGGAUUGGCCAAAUUACAAAAGACACUUCUUUAUGAGAUUCUAGGGGGAGACAAGUUGAAGGUGGCCAAUGUUGAUAAAGGAAUCACUUUAAUUAAGGAAAGAUUAAGCAGUAAAAGGAUUCUCUUAGUUCUUGAUGAUGUGAACGACAUGAGACAGUUACGCUGCUUGGCUGGGGGAUCAGAUGGUUGGUUUGGCAUUGGUAGUAGAAUUAUUAUAACGACGAGGGAUAAGAAACUGUUAACUGCUCAUCAUCAUAAUAUUUCAAUAUACGAGGUGAAGAAAUUGAACUAUCAUGAAGCUCUUGAGCUCUUCAGUUGGAAUGCCUUCAAAAGCAAUGGACCUUUGGAUGGUUAUGCGAAACUUGCAGGCCAUGCAAUACGGCAUGCUCAAGGCCUUCCAUUAGUUUUGAGAGUUUUAGGUUCACAUCUGUACCGUGAAAGUAGAGAUCAGUGGCAAGCUAUAUUAGAUGGUCUGAUCAAAAGCCGAGAAAUUCAAGAUGUUUUCAAGAUAAGUUAUGAUGCAUUGGAUGAAAUAGUGAAGGAAGUUUUUCUUGACAUUGCGUGCUUCUUUAAAGGGGGAAGCAGUAACUAUGUGAUCGAAAUAUUAGAAGGUUGUGAGCUAAACCCCAAGCAUAGCAUUGACGUACUCAUACAGAAGGCCCUCGUAAAUAUAGAUCAUGGUUUUAUAUGGAUGCACGAUUUGGUAGAAGAAAUGGGUAAAGAAGUAGUUCGCCAACAAUCACCCAAUGAUCCUGGAGAGCGCAGCAGAUUGUGGUUUCAUGACGAUGUUUAUCGUGUUCUGACAGAAAAUACAGGAACGAAAAACAUUACAGGCAUAAAGGUACAGCUGCUUGAAUCGGAUAAUGAGAUAUGCUUAAGUGCUACAACCUUCUCCAACAUGAAAAAUCUUAAAAUUUUCAUAAACUGUAAUGGACGGUUUUCUGGAGCCGUUGAUUACCUCCCCAACAACUUAAGGUUUGUUGAUUGGCCUGAAUGUCCGUUGAAAUCUUUGCCGCCCAAUUUUAAUCCGAAGAAUCUUGUUCUACUCAACAUGAGGAACAGCCAGAUCACAGGAUUCGGGGAGGGAUUUAAGGUAUAUACGUUGAUUUUUUUUCUUUCUGUUUUAUUUGAAAUGUUUUCAUCCUUUCCUCUCUUUUUUUCUUCACAGAAGCUGACGAAGCUGACUUCUAUAAAUUUAUCUGGCUGUCAAUACUUGACAAGAAUCUCCGACUUAUCCGGAGUUCCAAACUUAGUGCGGUUGAGUCUAAGGGAUUGCACAAAUUUAACUGAGGUUGAUCCAUCAGUUGGAUUUCUUAAUAAACUUGAAGAACUAAGUCUUGUUAACUGUUAUAACCUUGCAGUGUUUCCAACAACAAUAAGCUUGAAAUCUCUGAGAACUUUUGAACUUAACGGUUGCAAAAAGUUUGAGAUAUUCCCGGAAAUUGUGGGCAAAAUGGAACGCUUAUGUUUUUGGGCACUUGAAGGAACUGCUAUAAAAGAAUUGCCUCCAUCAAUUAAAAAUCUCAUCGGGCUUGAAUGCUUAUCGUUAAAUGGAUGUGAAAUCUUGGCAAAUCUGCCGCAAAGCAUUUAUGCGCUGCCCCGUCUUACAUAUCUCGGUCUCCAACGCUGCGCAAAGCUUGUUACACUCCCUCCGGAUCUUCCAACGAACUCAAACAUUUCACUUGACAACUUUGGGUCAGCAGCAAUUCCCAAUCUAGGGACUAUGCAUUUUGAUGAAUGCAACUUAUCGGACAUUUUUCUAUGUAAUAGCAAUAUUGAGAGUCUUCCUGCAUGCAUUGGCAAAUUUGUGUGGUUGGAGGGUCUUGAUUUGCGUGGUUGCAAGAGACUUCGAGAAAUUUCAGAACUUCCACCAAAGAUAAGACGGAUUGACGUUGGUGAUUGCAAAUUACUGGAAAUAUUUCCAACAUUGUCGGAGAUGAUACUAGUAGACGGAGACAUGAGACGCAUUCGUAGGAUGAUCAUGUAUGGCUGCCAGAGGCUAUGCGAAAAGUUGGCUUUGGACGUCUCCAUGAUGGCAAGCGUAUUACUGCAUCAGGCGGGGAAGUGCAAUGAAGCGAUAAAUAUUAUAUUUCCAGGCAGUGAAGUUCCAAAUUGGUUCAGUUGCCGUAAGGACGUACGUGUGACCUGUCCUGGUUGUUCAUGUGAAAUUUUUAUUGAAAUCCCUCGGACUUUCAAAUGGAAAAACACAGGACUUGUUUUCUGUGCUGCUUUCAAAUUCACGCAAAAUUUUUCUGGACAAUGCUUGUUUAAUAUAUGGAUGGAAGUCAAUGGAGUACAUAUAAAUGACCCAGACCCGACUGGUUUUUUGUUUGUAACAAAAGGGAUAGAUGCAGCUACAAAAGGGAUAGAUGCGGCUCAUGUGUGGCUAAAAUAUAUUCCAUUACCAGCUCACAGAAAGUCGCAGGUGGAUGAGGGUGGUGACCAAUCAAAGCCGUAUCUGUGUCGAGUUACACUUGGCCGCUACGACGGAAAAGGGUUGCUCUUAAAUGGCUGCGGUGUCCACUUGGGAAAUUUCAGGAUGCCCGAGGAUGGUGGUGAAGAUGACGACGAUGUAGGAGGCGAAGUUGGACCAAGAAAAAAGAAAAGGAUGUUGGCGAUCAAGAGUUGAAUGUUUCCGACGUGGGACUUCACAUUCUUCAACGCGUCCAAGAAGGCCAUUGAUAUACGAUUCCUCUCAUCUCUCUCUUGUGUUUAAGGCAAGGAUUUGGCUCCAUUUUAACGCUCUCUCCUGUUUUUCUUCUGUUUGUUUUAAUUUCUUAGAGAUUAACGCUUUGUGAUUUUCGUUUACGGAAAACUAAUCUCCAUAGCUACGGCUAGGAGAUAAACCUACACUAUAACUAUGUACUUUUAUUAUUUUGAUUUUAUUUUUGAUUUUAUUUUGGAUUUUCAAUGUCAAAUUUAUAUUGUGGAAUUUCUUGUUUAAUCUAUUUUUGGAAUGAUGAAUAUUAGUUAUGAUCCAUCGGAUCAACCUUUUUUUU